AUGAGCGAAGAACUCAAGAAAGAGGCAGCUAUUAUUAACCCAGCAGAUACCCUCAAAGAGUUGGAAGCGAAGCAAGCUGAGCUAAAAAAAUUUCUGGCUAAUAUGGAGAACACCAAUAAGCCAGUUGAGAAGGAUUCUCAGGAGUAUCAUCUACAACGUCUUCUGAAUGAAAAUUAUGUAAAUCCAUACGAUGUCCUUGAAAUAGCACUGGAAGCAAAUGAAGUGGAGAUUAAGAAAAGAUUCAGAGACCUUUCAAGAAAACUUCAUCCAGAUAAAUGCAAACACGAGAGGGCAGCAGAUGCUUUCAGUGAGGUCGAGAAAGCUUACAAAAUUCUCAUGGAUCCUGACAAGAAGAGACUCUACCAAAGAAUCAUGAGAGAAGCCCGUGAAAGAGUCGAAAUCGAAAGAGAUAGAGAGAAUAAGAAGAGAAGAAAAGAAGGCAAGGCUCCAUUACCAGAUGAUACUUUCAAUAUUGAUGUGCAAGCAAUGUGCCAAAAAUUAUUUGAUCAGAUCGAAGACAAUCAAAGAUACUUUGAAAGAGUAGAAACCAUCAAAAGAAGAAGGAUGCACAAAGACAUGGAGAAAAGGAAGAUAGCAAGAGAAGUUGAAAAAGAAGUUGAAAGAGAGUGGGAAGAUGGCAGAGAUAAAAGAGCCAAAGAUUGGAGAAAUUUCACUGGAAAAGCCAAAGGCAGUAAGAAGAGAGUCAAAUUAGGCCUCAAAAUUCCUAAAACUAGGAUGGAGAAAAGGCCAAAGUCUGCUAAAGGUGGUGAAGGAUAUUCUAUGGGAGUUGAUGAGGGCUAUAAGAGAGAAUGGAAGUAAAGAUAGU